AUGUCUCCGACGAUCCAGCCCGCAAAGUCCGGAGAUGGCGCUGUGCUAUCGCCCAUCCACACCGAAGAUGUCCUGAAGAGUGAAGUCGAAGAACGUCGGGACUACUCCGGCGCCCGCGAGAAAACCGACCCCCGCGAGAUCGCACUUGUCCGCAAACUGGACUGGUGGAUCAUGCCUAUUCUUUGGCUGAUGUAUUGGUUGAACUAUCUUGAUCGAAACGCCAUUGCCCUUGCGAAACUCAACACUCUGGAGAAAGACCUAAACCUCACAGGAUCACAGUACCAAACAUGCGUGUCCAUCCUGUUCGUCGGUUACGUCAUCGUCGGCAUCCCAGCCAACAUGGUGGUCACCCGAAUUAGGCCCAGCAUAUGGAUGGCCUCAUGCAUGACUGUGUGGGCCAUCAUCAGCGGGCUCACGGCGAUUAGUCGCAACUACACCGGCCUGCUGCUGACCCGUUUCUUCUUGGGUAUCACCGAAGCUCCUUACUACCCAGGUGCCCUCUACAUCCUGGCAACCUUUUACACACGAAAAGAAUUAGCCACGCGCAUUUCAAUUCUUUACACCGGCAAUAUCCUUGCGACAGCAUUUGCUGGUCUGAUUGCGUUGGGCAUCUUUGAGAUGCACGGCAUGGCUGGCAUCUCGGGAUGGCAAUGGCUCUUCAUUAUACAAGGCGCUGCCACGCUCAUCGUCGCUCUCGCGGCCUUCUUCAUCCUUCCUGACGAGCCCCUCACCACGAAAUGGCUGACACCAGAGGAGCGUAAGCUAGCCCAUGAAAGAACCCAAGAGGAUACUGUGGCAAACCAGGGCCAGACUACAACCUGGUCAGGCAUUCUGGAUGCUGCCAAGGAUCCAAAGGUCUGGCUGUUUGUGGCUAUGCAGCACGGCCAUCUCGGAGCAAACGGAUUCAAGAACUUUUUCCCCACUGCCAUUCGCACACUUGGAUUCAACCAAACGAUUACCCUUGUUCUUACGUGCCCGCCGUAUCUCAUUGCUGGCUUUGUCUCGAUUGCUUGGUCAUGGUCAUCUGGUAGAUUCAAUGAACGCACAUGGAAAGGCGAUCGCUGUAUUUGGUUGCCAUCUGGCGCGUGGGGCAUGCGGUACUGGCUGAAGCAAGAGAACGAGAAGAUCCGGCAGUCGGAAGAUGAGACAACUGUUUUCUACGCCUACUGA